AAAUCAAAAAUAAAAAAACCAAAGAUUAACAAAACUUAUGAAAAUAAAAAUAAAACGGGGUGGACUAACGUGGUUGGAUCUUACUCAAACCUACUUUUGACUAAUCAGAAUGCUAAAACAACAUGCCUGUCACCUUCCUCAUUCUCACCCUAUUUACCUCGUCAAUCCCAUCACUUUGACCGCUUCUUCUUAUCACCAACAACCACCUUCUUCUUCUUCACCUUCAUCUUCAUCUUCAUGGUCUAAUUCACCAUGGCCGUAGAUCUUAUCACGGGCUUCAAAACCACCAUCUCCGAUGAAAACGACGCCGUUCAACAAGCUGCUUCCGGCCUCGAAAGCGUCCAAAAACUCAUCCGUUUGCUCUCUCAAUCUCAAUCUCAACAACAACCUGAUUAUAAAGCUGUAGCUGAUGCUGCUGUUGCAAAGUUCAAAAAAGUCAUUUCCUUGUUGGGCCGGCCCAACCGGGAACUCACGGGCCAUGCACGCUUCCGACGUGGCCCUGUUAACCAAACCGGUUAUCAAAAUUAUUGUAACAUAAAGAAGGAGCAAAACGAUGUCGUUUCGGAGGGUGAGACUAAAGUGUAUUCUCCAACACCUAUACAACAGGUGCCAUUUGUUCCUCCUCCUCCGCCGUCGUCUACGGUGGCUCCGGCCACCGGGAAUCAGCCGGCUUUGUUUCAGAGGAAAGAUUCUUUGACUAAAACGAUUAGUUUUUCUCGAGCCAGCUCGUUUGUAUCCUCGUUGACCACCGGUGAUUCCGACGGUAAACCGCCGUUGUGUUCGGCGUCGUGUUUGAAACGGAAGUGUGGUUCGUCGGAGAAUGGUGGUUCUGGGAAGUGUAGCGGUGGUGGUUCUUCUAGUCGUUGUCAAUGUUCUAAACGAAGGAAGCUGAGGAUGAAGAGGGUGAUUAGGGUUAAGGCCAUUAGCCCGAAGCUAGCGGAUAUUCCGCCGGAUGAUUACUCGUGGCGGAAGUACGGGCAGAAACCGAUUAAAGGAUCUCCACAUCCAAGAGGAUACUACAAGUGCAGCACUGUGAGAGGAUGUCCAGCUCGGAAGCAUGUAGAGAGAGCAUUGGAUGAUCCAAGCAUGUUGAUCGUGACCUACGAAGGAGACCAUAAUCAUGCAGUUUCUGCUGCAGAAACUUCUGGGAUCAUCUUAGAAUCAUCUUAAUUAUUAUCAUUAUUAUUAUUAUUCUCAACAAACAUCAAUCUAUUUUCUUUUUCUAAUUAGAUUAAAAACCAUGAAUCCAUGAUCACCCACCGUAAUUAAUCAUAAUUUUAAUUUUAAUUAUUAGUUA